ACUGUUCCAAGAUGGCGGCGGGUUGCUGUGGGGUGAAGAAGCAGAAACUGUCCAGUUCGCCCCCCUCUGGCUCGGGUGGCGGUGGUGGCGCCUCCUCCUUCUCCCACUGCAGCGGAGAGAGCCAGUGCCGAGCGGGGGAGUUGGGACUAGUAGGCGCCGGUACGCGGCUCAACGGACUAGGAGGUCUAACCGGAGGAGGUACCGGUAGCGGCUGUGCCCUCUCUCCCCCCCAGGGCUGCGGCGGCGGCGGCGGGGGCAUUUCCCUGUCGCCACCACCGAACUGCGGAGUGGGGACCCUACUUUCCACCCCGACCCCCGCCACCUCUUCCUCGCCCGCCUCAUCGUCCGCAGCUUCGUCCUCAUCGCCCGGCUCCCGGAAGAUGGUGGUGUCAGCGGAGAUGUGCUGCUUUUGCUUCGAUGUGCUCUACUGUCACCUGUAUGGAUACCAGCAACCCCGGACCCCCCGGUUCACCAACGAGCCCUACCCACUGUUUGUAACAUGGAAGAUCGGUCGAGACAAAAGAUUGCGUGGAUGCAUAGGUACUUUUUCUGCCAUGAAUUUGCAUUCAGGACUCAGGGAGUACACACUUACCAGUGCCCUUAAAGAUAGCCGUUUUCCCCCAAUGACAAGGGAUGAGCUGCCGCGGCUUUUCUGCUCAGUGUCUUUGCUCACUAACUUUGAAGAUGUCUGUGAUUAUUUGGACUGGGAGGUGGGUGUACAUGGCAUUAGAAUAGAAUUCAUCAAUGAAAAAGGAUCAAAACGCACCGCCACCUACCUACCGGAGGUUGCAAAGGAGCAAGGAUGGGACCAUAUUCAGACCAUAGACUCUUUACUAAGGAAAGGAGGAUACAAAGCUCCAAUCACUAAUGAAUUCAGGAAAACCAUAAAACUGACCAGGUACCGUAGUGAAAAGAUGACCCUAAGCUAUGCUGAAUACCUUGCCCAUCGCCAGCAUCAUCAUUUCCAAAAUGGCAUUGGUCAUCCCCUUCCACCAUACAACCAUUAUUCCUGACACUGAGCCGCACAACCAGUCAUUGGGCCUCUCUGCAGACCUCUUCCCAGGAGACCCUACCCCUUCUUGGUCUAGCUAUCUCUUUUACUGUACCAUUUUAUGAUGAUAGUUUCCGUUGCCAUGGUGAAGCUUCAGCAUCAUCAAUUAAGAUCAUCAUGGUAACGGGUAGGAAAAUGGCAUUUGGUAAGAACGUCCUGUUUUAUUAUUUUAGAUCAUUGAUUUUUUUUUUUUUGCAGCACAUAUUCCUUUUGGCAUUUUUCUUUCCUUACAAUAUUAUAUAGAAUUUUGCUUUGCUAUCUCAAUCAAUUUUCUGUCUUUCUGUCCUUCCUUCCUUCCUUCCUUCCCUUCUUUUCUUCUUCUUUCCUUCCUUCCUUCCUUCCUUUGACUGUGGAUGGAAGAAAGUUUGCAGUUUUUAAGGAUUUUAUUUAGGUUUUUCUUUAGCUUUUCUCAGUAAGAUAGCUAUGUUUUGAUAGUUGAGUUUGGGAGUAAUUCAGAGCAAAUUCAGGUAUUUGUAUAUUACUGUCGAAUUUGUCUAAAAUUCACUGUUAUAAGAACUUAAUAUGUGGGUCUUCACUCCUUAAGUAUAUGUUCUUCCCAUGACUAAAACACAUGAACUUUAGUUUUAGGAUCUAACAUUCUUAGGUCCAUGAUAGGCUUGUCACAGAGAGUGAGAAAUCAUUUAUGCCUACUGUACUGGUUAUCAUAAGAAAGACUGCCUCAUCACUUUGUAGAAUCAACUUACAAACUAAAACACUGUCUUGAGAAAGUAUAAACUACCUUUCAGAUAUGCUACAGAAAUCACUUUGAAGAGCAGUGAAUAUUUGGAAGAGAGCAGAUGUAGAAUUUAGUGCCUUUGAGAAGAGUAGAAUUAAGUGGAAUUCAGGGGGGUUAGAAAGAAGGCAAUUGAGAGAAAUAUUCUUGUAACAUUUUAUUGUUUCUAUUUGUGAAACAACAGUUAGACUAAUUCCUUACUCCUAAGUAUUUUUAAACUGAAAAAAUUAUUUUGAGCAAAUAACCAAAAAGAGACAUUUGUCUAUUAUAUAUUAAUUUAUUAGCUUUAGAUUUCAAUAAGUCAUGAUUGGCCAGAGAUAAUUUUAGCUACCAUUCAAAGAAAUGGUAAAGAUAAUCUAGUGAAACAGAAGUUCAUAUAUGCCAUGGUUUCAAAUAUGUUUGCCUGUCAUGGGGACAAUAUUGAAGUUUCAGAAAUACUAUGAAAUAGCUUGAAUCACUUUCUGCACUGCAUAUUUUGAAAGAAACACAUUUACUAGGUUGAUAUUAUCAUUACACCUGUAAAACUGGAGUUGGCAUUUAGAUAUGGUAUAGUUAGAGCCCAGUUCAUUUGUAGGGCUAUUCUUCUCUGAUGUAUACAAAGAGAACUUCCUGAUGUCAGUAGGAGGUCUGUAUAUCCCCAGGAAGAUAACCAAUUCUGGAUAAAGAUUACCUUCAUUUUAUGUUAGUGUCUCUGGGUAUGUAUGUGUGUUUGUGUAUAUAUAUAUAUAUACACACACACAUUUUCAAACAGGAAACCAAUAUAUCAAGUGAUGAAUAGUGCAGAAGAUAUGUUCUAAAACUAUAAGAAAUGCCACUGAAAUUGAAAUAGCAUAGGUUAUACCUAUAAUUGCUGUGACAAGUGACAGACUGCUACUUGAGAAUUCAAAAUUCCUUUUCUAGUUUGUGAGAUAAUUGGUUGAAUUUCUUCUGCCUGCCAUUGUGGCAAAGCAAACUGCUUUAGUUUUUGAUGGGAGUUCUUAUAAGAUUGUUAUUUAUUCCUUCAUCCACAGCAUCCGUUGUUGAAAUUAUCAUUUUCAGUUGCGAUGCCUUAACUAAGAAGCCAAUUGUUUGCCUGAAAUGCAAUCUCAGUAGCCAGUUCCAUUGAACCUAGAGACUAGUCAGAAUAAGUUAGUUGCUGAGCUUUAGAAAGGGAUAUUGAGUCCUUUUGUUUCUACUUGGGAACAUUUUGGAGCAGAUUAGUCUUUCAGUAUAAAAACAAGUGGCUACCUGAUGGAAACUUUUUCUUGCCCUUAUAGGGAAACUGAGCACAAGCUGAAUGAUAUUGUCUGCUGCAAAAAAAAAAAAAAAAAAAGUAAAUAAAAUACAA